AUGGAGAAAUCCACUGACAGGCUAAACGAUGAGAAUGGAUCGACAGCUCCUGGCGUAUCACAGGCUGGGAAGGACAGUCCUGCGCCCACUGCAGAAGGUACUGCAGAAAUGAGCAGAGCAGGACCCCUAACAGAAAACACUGCAGACGUGAAGAGGCUGGGAUUCUCUGAAGAAUGUAUUAAAGAAAUGGAAAGACCUUCAGUCACAGAGCGAGACAGUCCUGAUGCCUUUAAACCAGAGAUUUCUGAAAGAGACUAUCCAAACUCAAAGCCUGUUGUUACGCCAACAAACUCAAGCUCUCCCGAAGUAUGCACUUCUGAAAUGAAGCACCAGUAUUCAACCAUAACAUCUGUUGACAUGGAUUGCCUAGUCUGCUUCAACAAGUACAACAUCUACAGAAUACCAAAGGUCCUGGACUGCCAGCAUGCCUUCUGCGCGGUCUGUCUCAAGCUCAUCCUCAGGAAAGAAGAGAGUACCUGGAUAAUCACCUGCCCCCUGUGCAGAAAAGCUACUUUUGUGUCAGGAGGGCUCAUCCGCACGCUUCAAAAUAAAGAAGACAUCAUGGAGCAUUUGGAAAACCUCGAUUCAAAUCCUGAGGUACAUGUCUCUGCCACGGGGCUGGAGAGCAAUAGCUGGACUCAGACCAGCCAAGACACUUUAUACAGAGAUGAAAAUGUUCCAGCAGACAACAGACUGGCUCUCCAGAGACUUGUGCUGCUCCUGCUGCUUGUGGUGAUUCUCACCAUCCUCAUCCUCCCCUUUAUAUACUCUGGGCUGAUUAAAUGGGUAAUUUGUCUCAUGCUUACUUUGGGGUUGGUCAUGUCAAUGGUGCUUUGCUGCACUCCUAAAUUGUACUGGAGGUGUAAUAGGGACUCGCUGCCCUCUUGCCGCAAGGAGAGCCACAUCGCUGCUAUUGCCUGA